AUGCUGAACCUCAUGAACAGGGGAAAGGCGGUUGAGUGUAAAAUUCCGAAAGGAAGUGAUGUUUCGCCUCUCAACAAUCAGUUGAAGCAAAUGAGCCUGGGGAACAAAGGUGUCAAGGCUCAAGCUGCUCAAAGAAACAGCAAAGAGUCAUUCUCCCUCGAAACAACCACAUCAGGAGUUGUAUCUGACAACUCAAAUGGUUCAAAGAAGGGUCGAAAACUCCCGUAUAAGAAGCGAGUGAAACAGAUGCUUGCCGAAGAAGCCAAGAACGAGAAGGUUAAAAGAGACAAGGCAAAUGAGAAGAAACAGCGCAAAGAAAAAGGGACAGGAGGUAACAAGAAGCCUCUUGCAGACUUGCCCGACCCCAAAGAACUGUCUCACAGUGGUGCGGAGGAGAAGCCGCUGGACACUGACGCUGCUGCUGCCUCCUUUGGGCAAAGUCGGCAAGGGGAUGGGGGAGGAGGAGGUGCGAUCAGUCAACCAUCAUCCAGCUUGAAGUGCAGUGGAUGCGGCGGAGAAUUGAAGAGUCAGAAGGUUGCAGGAGAUAAGGUAACCAUGUCGCGCCUGAGACAAGUGACAAAGGUUGCAGGAACCGUCACAACCGCUAUGCAGAAGCAGUGGCAUCCCGAGUGCCUUCGCUGUGCCCUCUGCAAUGCGCAGCUUCAGGUGGGAAGGACGCGAGAGGAGGGAGAGAAGUGA